CCGGCGGGCGGGCGGUGCCGGCGGGCGCAGGCCGGGAUGGAGGCCGUGCCCCGCAUGCCCAUGAUCUGGCUCGACCUCAAGGAGGCCGGGGAGUUCGCCUUCAACGCCGCCGUCAAGAAGUUUGUCCUGAAGAACUAUGGGGAGAACCCCGAGAACUACAACGAGGAGCUGCGGAAGCUGGAGCUGCUCCGGCAGAGCGCCGUCAACGUGCCCAGGGACUUCGAGGGCUGCAGCACGCUGCGGAAAUACUUUGGCCAACUCCACUACCUGCAGAGCCGCAUUCCCAUGGGUGCUGAGCAGGAGGCAGCAGUCCCCAUCGCCUGGACUGAGAUCUUCUCAGGCAAGACGGUGACUCAUGAGGACAUCAAGUAUGAGCAGGCCUGCAUCCUCUACAACCUCGGUGCGCUGCACUCCAUGCUGGGCGCCAUGGACAAGAGAGUCUCCGAGGAGGGCAUGAAGGUUUCCUGCACCCAUUUCCAGUGCGCUGCUGGGGCCUUCACCUACCUGCGGGACCACUUCCCCCACUCCUACAGCGUCGACAUGAGCCACCAGAUCCUCAACCUCAACAUCAACCUCAUGCUGGGCCAGGCACAGGAGUGUCUCCUGGAGAAGUCCAUGUUGGACAACAGGAAGAGUUUCCUGGUGGCCCGGAUCAGCGCCCAGGUGGUGGAUUACUACAAAGAGGCCUGUCGGGCGCUGGAGAACUCGGAGACGGCCUCGCUGCUGGGAAAGAUCCAGAAGGACUGGAAGAAACUGGUUCAAAUGAAAAUCUACUAUUUUGCUGCUGUGGCCCAUCUGCACAUGGGAAAACAGGCCGAGGAGCAGCAGAAGUUUGGGGAAAGGGUCAUCUACUUCCAGAGCGCUCUGGAUAAGCUCAACGAAGCCAUCAAGUUGGCCAAGGGCCAGCCAGAAACCGUCCAGGAAGCCCUGAGAUUCACCAUGGAUGUGAUCGGUGGCAAGUAUAAUUCGGCCAAAAAGGACAAUGACUUCAUCUACCACGAAGCUGUGCCUGCCCUGGACACCCUGCAGUCCGUCAAAGGUGCCCCGUUGGUCAAAGCCCUCCCCGUCAACCCCACGGAUCCGGCUGUCACUGGUCCUGAUAUCUUUGCCAAACUGGUGCCCAUGGCUGCCCACGAGGCCUCGUCCCUCUACAGCGAGGAAAAGGCCAAACUGCUGAGGGACGUGAUGGCCAAGAUCGAAGCCAAGAACGAAGUGUUGGACCAGUUCAUGGACUCCAUGCAGCUGGACCCCGAGACCGUGGACAACCUGGACAUGUACAACCACAUCCCCCCCAUCCUGAUGGAGAAAUGCGCCGCCCUCAGCGUGCGCCCCGACACCGUCAAGAACCUGGUCCAGUCCAUGCAGGUGCUCUCUGGGGUCUUCACCGACGUGGAGGCUUCCCUGAAGGAGAUCCGAGACCUCCUGGAGGAGGACGAAGCUCAGGAGCGGAAGCUUCAGGAGCUGCUUGGGAAGGUCCCACCACCUCAGGGGUCUCCCCCAUCAUCAUCAUCGUUGUCCCCGGGGCUGGCCGAGGUCAGCAAGGAGUGUUCCAAGUACAUGGAGGUGCACGAAAAGGCCAGUUUCACCAACACCGAGCUCCACAAAGCCAUGAACCUCCACAUUGGUAACCUCCGUCUCCUCAGUGGGCCACUGGAGCAGGUCCGGGCCGCGCUGCCCUCGCCCACCUUGACCGAAGACGACAAGCAGGUGCUGCAGAACCUCAAGCGAAUCCUGGCCAAGGUGCAGGAGAUGAGGGACCAGCGCAUGUCCCUGGAGCAGCAGCUGCGGGAGAUGAUCCAGAAGGACGAUAUCACCACCUCCCUGGUCACCACCGACCGCUCCGAGAUGAAGAAACUCUUUGAGGAGCAGCUGAAGAAGUAUGACCAGAUCAAGGUCUACCUGGAGCAGAACCUGGCUGCCCAGGAGAACGUCCUGAAGGCCUUGACGGACGCCAACGUCAAAUACGCGGCCGUGCGCAAGGCCCUGGCUGAGGUGGAGCACAAGUGGAACACCACCGUUCAGACCUUGGUGGCCUCCUACGAAGCCUACGAGGACCUGAUGAAGAAAUCUCAGGAGGGGAAGGACUUCUACACCGACCUGGAGGGAAAAGCCGCCAAACUCCUGGAGAAGGCCCGUGCCGCCUGCCAAACCGCCGAGGCCAACAGGCAGCAGAUCCUGGAGAAGGAGAUGAAGAAGCAGCCCCCCCCUCGUCCCACGGCCCCCAAACCCGCCCUGCAGAAGAAGCCACCGGAGCUGGAAGACGGGCCGCAGAGACCCCCCCCUUCUCUGACACCCGGCACGGCCCCCCUGCCCCCCCAGGGCCCCGGGGAGGUCCCCUUCCAGCGGCAGAGCUCCUCCACCGACGACCUGCUGUCCUCCAGCCCCGAGAGCCAGCACGGGGGCUCCAAGGCGGCGGUGGGGCAGCCCCUGCUGCAGCCCACCAAGGCGGACGCCAAGGAGGGGCAGAAGCCCAAGGCCAUGCAGCUCAUCGAGAACGACCCCUACGAGAAGCCGGAGCGGGUCCUGCGGCUGCUGGGGGAGCUGGAGAGGUUCCGGGGGCUGGUGGAAGGGCUGGAGCGACCCGGAGCCGGUGGUGGAACCGAAUUGGACACCCUCUGGAAGGAGCUGCAGGACGCCCAGGAACGGGACGCCCGGCAGCUCUCCAUCGCCAUCGCCCGCUGCUACUCCAUGAAGAACCGGCACCAGGACAUCAUGCCCUACGACAGGAACCGGGUGGUCCUGCGCUCGGGCAAGGACGACUACAUCAACGCCAGCAGGGUGGAGGACCUCUCCCCCUACUGCCCCACCAUCAUCGCCACCCAGGCCCCCCUGCUGGGCACCGCCGCCGACUUCUGGCUGAUGAUCUACGAGCAGAAGGUCUCUGUCAUCGUCAUGCUGGUGUCGGAGCAGGAGCUGGACAAGCAGAAGGUGCUGAGAUACUUCCCCCCGGAGCGGGGCCAGCCCAUGGUGCAGGGACCCAUCACCCUGGUCCUCACCAGCCUGAAGGUGACCCCCACCCACGUGGAGAGGAUGAUCACGCUCCAGUACCGCGACCAGAGCCUCAAGCGCACCGUGGUCCAUCUCCAGUUCACCUCCUGGCCUGAGCUGGGCCUGCCCGACAGCAAGGGGAGCCUCCUGCGCUUCAUCCAGGAGGUUCACGGUCACUACCUGCACCAGCGCCCGCUGCACACGCCCGUGGUGGUGCACUGCAGCUCCGGGGUGGGUCGCACCGGGGCCUUCUGCCUGCUCUACGCGGCCGUGCAGGAGGUGGAGGCCGGGAACGGGAUCCCUGACCCGGCCCCGCUGGUGAGGAGGAUGCGGCAGCAGCGCAAGCACAUGCUGCAGGAGAAGCUCCACCUCAAGUUCUGCUACGAGGCCGUCCUGCUGCACGCCGAGCAGGUCCUGCACCGCCACGGCGUGGGCGCCCCCAAUGUCCCCAAGGCCACCAACAGUGCCUCCCCCAAGGUGGGUAUGAUU